ACUCAACAGUUAAGUAUUGGACGCGUUUGAAUGAGCAGCGCUAAAAUGGGUUAUACGACAAUAGUUUACUUGACUACGGCCCUAUUGGGCGUGGUCAGUUUGGCUUCGGUCCAAGCUGACGAACAAAUAUAUCGCAUGUGCGUGCCGCAACUGUAUUACAAAGAUUGUUUGGAUCUGUUGAAGGAUCCCUCGGAGGCUGGCAUACAAAUGGAAUGCGUAGCUGGACGUGAUCGCAUCGAUUGUUUGGACAAAAUCAAUCAGCGCAAGGCUGAUGUGCUCGCCAGCGAACCGGAGGAUAUGUACGUCGCCUAUCACUCGAAGAAUCAGGAUUAUCGUGUGGUCUCCGAAAUUCGCUCCAAGGCUGAUAAGGACGCGGAGUUCCGUUAUGAGGGCAUUAUUUUGGUGAAGAAAAAUUCGAAUAUUAACAGCUUGAAGGAGUUGCGCGGCAAGAAAUCCUGUCACACCGGCUUCGGACGCAAUGUGGGCUAUAAGAUUCCAAUUACCAAGUUGAAGAAUACGCAUAUUCUUAAAAUCUCUCUGGAUCCCGAAAUAACCGCCACCGAACGUGAAUUGAAAGCCCUGUCGGAGUUCUUCACACAAUCCUGUCUGGUUGGCACCUAUUCGCCAUAUCCCGAAACUGAUCGUCUACUGAAGAAGAAAUACUCCAAUUUGUGCGCACUUUGCGAGAAACCCGAACAAUGCAACUAUCCUGACAUAUUUUCUGGUUAUGAUGGCGCAAUUCGUUGCUUGGACAAGGGCAAGGGUGAGGUGGCCUUCACCAAGGUGCAAUACAUCAAGUCAUACUUUGGCCUCACGCCCGGCUCCAAAGCUGAAGGCGAUCCUUCGGAAUUCGAAUACCUCUGUGAGGAUGGCACUCGUCGCCCCGUUACCGGUCCCGCUUGUUCGUGGGCUCAACGCCCAUGGGUUGGUUACAUUUCGAAUGUCGAUGCGGUAAAUGGCGAGCAGAAGUUGCACAACUUGCAAAAUCGCCUAGAGAAAUUCUUUGAGAAUGGUUUACAUGCCGAGAACCAAAAGGCCGUUGCACAUUUGUUCAUCAACGAGAAUAGCACCUAUUACAACAAACCGGAAGCGGUUGAACCAAAAGUGUAUUUGGAGCGUGCCGGCUAUAAGGAUGUUAUCGAACGUGAUGUCAGCGACAUUAGAAAAAUGCGCCUCUGUGUGCAGACCGACAUUGAAUUGGCCAAAUGUGAAACGAUGCACCGUGCGGCCUAUUCGCGUGAUAUCCGUCCAGAGUUGGAGUGCGUGCAGGAGAACGAUUGUUUGAUUGCCGUUCAAAAUAAAACGGCUGAUUUGGUUGUGGUGAAUGGCAACAACUACAAACAGGCGCGCGAUCUCAAACUCAAACCGAUCGUUUAUGAAAGCUACGGACCAGACAAUGUCUAUGUUGCCAUUGUAGAGCCGAGCGUCAGCAAGGAUGUACAAAAGUUGCCAAUCAACUUUGAUGCGCAAAAUGAACGCGCUCGUCAGGCGGCGCUCUUCUUGAAUAAACGUCGCAAUAUCAAUCCCUGUCAGACCACGCCGUCCACCGACAAGAAUCUCGCUAUUGUGCAUUCCAGUGAAUUGGAUCAAUACAAGAACAAGCAGCUGGUGUGUGCCAGCUUGGAUGUGAAACCGGUUACCGAGUACCAGACUUGUAAUUUGGAAGUUGACUUGCCAAAGGCAGUCUUCAUACGCGAUAGCAUGACUACAGUUGAGCAAGAGACCUGCAGGCAUCUGUUUGCUUCGCUUUCAACGAAGUUUGCCAAAGGCAGCCGAAUGCCCGAUGUCUUUACACUAUUCGGCCAAUACGAAAAGGACGCCAAGAAUGUGCUGUUCGAUGAUGAUGCUAUUGAGUUCGUGACUGACUUGAAGAAUCCCAACACUAAUGAGCAAAUCUACAAUGAGCUUAUAUGUGAUACAAACGCCAUUAAGCAGCUUUAAGAUUCUACUCUAAAUUGUAAUUAAAUGCAUACGGGCUUGUGUGCAGCAAUAAUAUUAAGCUUUCAUAUAUUCGAACUAAACAUAUAAAAAUUUAUUACCAUUGAACAUGAGAAAA